AUGGCUCUUGCAGUUGUUCCACAGAUGACAACUCCAUCCGAAUUAAGGAAACUUAAUAGUAGCGAUUUCAUUCAAACAACCAGCUCUGCAUUACAAAGGGCCGAGAAGAAUAAGAAGGUCAUUGCACAGGCAUCUGGAUGUCAAAUUAAAUGUUCGGCAGUUUCUGUGAAAUCCACUGAGUGGAAGCCUGAUAGCUGGAAAUACAAGAAGGUUAUUCAGCUGCCCAAGUAUUCUGAUCCUACAGAGUUGGAAUCCACCACAAAGCUCUUGGAGACAUUUCCUCCACUUGUUUUUGCAGGGGAAGCCAGGAAACUGGAGGAGAGACUAGGAGAUGCUGCUCUGGGAAAGGCUUUUCUCCUGCAGGGAGGAGAUUGUGCAGAGAGCUUCAAAGAGUUCAAUGCAAACAACAUUAGGGAUACAUUCAGGGUGCUCUUGCAGAUGUCUGUUGUACUUAUGUUUGGAGGCCAAAUGCCUAUAAUCAAGGUGGGACGCAUGGCUGGGCAGUUUGCAAAGCCCCGGUCUGGGGAUUUUGAAGUGGUUAAUGGCAUCAAACUUCCAAUCUAUCGGGGAGACAUUAUAAAUGGUGGUGGAUCUGAUUUAGAGUCUCGUCAACCUGAUCCUGAGAGGAUGGUGCGUGCAUAUUGCCAGGCAGCUUCAACCCUUAACCUUCUUCGUGCUUUUGCAACAGGAGGCUAUGCAGCAAUGCAGCGACUUACUCAGUGGAAUUUGGACUUUACAUCCCACAAUGAGCAAGGUGAAAGAUAUCUUGAGCUUGCUCAUCGGAUAGAUGAAGCUCUUGGAUUCAUGUCGUCCUGUGGGCUUACAGUUGACCACCCAAUCAUGAACACCACAGAAUUCUGGACAUCACACGAGUGCUUGCUUCUACCAUUUGAGCAAUCUAUGGCAAGAGAGGAUUCAACUUCUGGGCUCUGGUAUGAUUGCUCUGGUCAUAUGUUAUGGAUGGGAGAGCGAACUCGGCAACUUGAUGGAGCUCAUCUUGAAUUUCUUAGAGGUGUUGCCAAUCCUCUUGGUUUGAAGGCUAGUGAUCAAAUGGACCCAGCUGAGUUGGUUAAAGUAUGUGAGAUCUUGAAUCCUCACAACAAACCUGGCAGAUUGACCAUAAUUGUGAGAAUGGGAGCUGAAAAGUUGAGAGUAAAACUGCCUCAUUUGAUUAGGGCAGUUCGCCAGGCUGCUCUGAUAGUAACAUGGGUUAGUGAUCCUAUGCAUGGGAACACAAUCAAGGCACCAUCUGGGUUGAAAACAAGGCCAUUUGAUGCAAUUCGGGCUGAGGUCAAGGCAUUCUUUGAUGUACAUGAUGAAGAAGGUAGUCACCCUGGUGGUAUUCACUUAGAAAUGACUGGGCAGAAUGUUACUGAAUGCAUUGGAGGAUCAAGGGUUGUAACAUUAGAUGAUUUACAUUCUAGAUACCGUACACACUGUGAUCCCAGGUUAAAUGCUUCACAGUCACUAGAGCUGGCAUUCAUCAUUGCAGAAAGAUUGAGAAGGAACAGAAUGACAAAAUCAGUUCUGGGGAUUUCAAGCCUCUUGAAUGGUGUGAUGUCAUUGUAAGGCACCAAUAAAUAGUGCACUGUGCAAUCCAAGAAUAUUUGAUUUUCAACUUGGCCGUAAAUAUCUUGCACAACCGAAAGUAAGUAUUUGAGAUAUUUCUAAGUUGGGUAGCAUUGUAAUGGUUGCCCUAUAAAUUUGUUGAAGGCCUCUGGAUUUAUGAUAUUAGAACAGUAGA